CUCAGAUCAUCGUUGUUGUAACAACGAAUUUAUAAAGCUCAAUUAGACCAAAGUCGAUACAGAAAAUGUGUUAUUUAUUAAUUAAAGCUAACUUUUUCUUAUUUUUAGAAGGAGUAGAAGACACAAGGAUGAUACUGAAAGAAAGGUAUCACUUUAAUUCUGGUCCAUUGAUGCAACAAGCACGUAACAUUUUGAAACAGAUGGAUGGUAAAGUGAUGAACAAUGAAUUUGAUAUUCAAAUUCUUGAUUUAUUGGCGAGUUCUUGGCCAGACAGAUCCCUAGUUGAGAAAAGCUGGAACUAUUGAAGGUAAUAUUAUUUUAAAGUAUGUGGCUCUUUAUAUUUUAUUAUAAUAUUUAUCUAUUGCAUUAUUUCUUAAAAGGAUAUGAAGACUG